UUAUUUGAGAAUGAGAAGUUUUACUGUGUACCCGUGUCUGCUGCUUUAUGUACAUCUGAUGCAAUACAGUAUAAUUCAUACGUGUUCUUCAUCUAACGAAAUGGAAAACCUGACCUGCUUUGUUAAUUAUAUUGACUAUAUGAACUGCACCUGGUACAUGGGAUCACAUUCUGGAAAUGGACCAUUCACACUCAGUGCAGAGUAUGACGAUGGGAGGAAGUGUGAUCUUGUAACCAUUUCAUAUGAAGAGAACUUAUUCAGUUGCAAUAUAACAAAUUUGUAUUUAGAUGAAACGGAUAUAUUUAAAAUAAUGGUAAAUGAUUCAACCAGCAAUACUUUAGCAGAAAUUAACGAGUUUAUACCAAAGUGCAACAUCAGGCUAGAUCCACCUUCUGGGCUGUCGUACAGUGUCAAUGGCAGUAUAUAUCGGAUCAUCUGGACUGGUAUUACAGAACUUCUGGCUGAAACCAAAUUACUAUAUGAAUUACAGUUAAAGAAAGAAGCUUCAUCCUGGCAGGAAGCAAUACCGAAGUAUAUUGAUAAUUCUGAUGUGAGUGCGGAUAUCCUAUCAUCAGAUUUUGAAAAGGGCUCCAUCUACAAUGUACGAAUUCGCCGUAAGACGGAAAACCAAGACCAUUAUAAAAGCCAAUGGAGCGAGUGGAGUUCGGAGCUAAAGAUCCACACCCCGGAAAAAGACAGAAGCCAUGCCAGCAUCAGUCACAUCAUUGUUAUAUUAGGCCUAGUGAUGAUGAUAUUCAUACUGCUGUAUCUGGUUCUCUUUUCCAACCUGUCUACCAGGAUAAAAAUACCAUUCUUACACGAUGUUCCCACAGCGGAUGAAUUCUUUCAGGAUCUCUACCGUGUGCAUAAUGGGAAUUUUCAGGACUGGACUAAAUAUCCAAAUAAAAGGGUCAAAAUCAAGAAGGAAAGACGAUCCGGCACCACCAUGGAUACAGAUCUCCACAGUUCAACCGUCUUAUGUUUUCAGAAAGACAUGAUAUCACCUAUCAAGCUUGAAGCACAUCCGCCCAAAGAAGAUGUCCCUUUGCUCCACGAGACUGUUGCCUCAGACUCUUCUUAUGUACCACAGCUGCAAAUAUCUUUAAAUGAGGGCUAUCCCUCUUUCUCUCCAGACUUGCCCAUUUUUUAUUAUAAUGAUGCAGAGAACAUCUCAGUAUUCGAGAAGGAUUGCCCAGCAGACUAUAUUUCAACUGAUGGAACCUACAUUGCAAAUCCACAAGAAGUAGUGAACUGACUUACACCUCUCUCACAUUAUCUUCUGUGACUGCAAGUUAAAGCUACUGAGGUUCCUACAGAAAUUCAUCAUAUGGAAAAGCCAUCCUCUAAGGAUUAUAUGGACCCCACUCCGCACACAACAUGCACAGGGACUCCAAUAGUCGGAGGUGACAUUUGGAAGAUGGUUCCAUUAAUAAACAGUUACUGAUAAAAAGCCUGAUUUCAAAUGGUAUCUUGAACAUUUUUUCACAUGGCUGCAGUUGUUCCUGUGUCGAUACCCUGGCGCACAGGGGGCCUAAUUCAGACCUGAUCGCUCGUUAGAAGUUUUUUGCACUGCUGCGAAAAGAUAAUCGCCGCCCAUAGGGAAGUGUAUUUUAGCUUUGCAAGUGUGCGGACGCAUGUGUAGCAGAGCUGUACGAACAGAUCUUGUGUAGUCUCUGAGUAGCCCAGGACUUACUGAGCCGCUGUGAACAUUUCAGCCUGUCUGGGACAGGAAUUGACGUCAGGAACCCUCCCUGCAAACGCAUGGAUAUGCCUGCGUUUUUCAAACCACUCCCAGAAAACGGUCAGUUGCCACCCACAAACGGCUUCUUCCUGUCAAUCUCCUUGCGAUCGCCCGUGCGAAUGGAUUCUUCGCACAAACCCAUCGCUGAGCGGCGAUCCGCUUUGUACCUGUGCGACGCACCUGCUCAUUGCGGUGCAUAUGCAUGCGCAGUUCUGACCUGAUCGCAGUGCUGCAAAAAACUCUAGCGAGCGAUCAGGUCUGAAUUAACCCCAAGGUCUCAAAGGUCAGAAUGCCAAAAGCAACAUCCUGACCGAUUUUUGUAUUUUUUACCCUAAUCCUAACCCACCCCUACCAGUUUAACCCUAAUCCACCCCUACACCAACCUAAUUCUAACCGUCCCUUCCCACAGCCUAACCCUAACCCUCCCUCUAGUGUCUAACCCUAAAACUAACCCUAACCUUGCCAUCGGGAUUCUGACCAUCAGUAUCUUGAGCACCGUAAUAGUAGCUACACCCCGUUCCUGCAUGAGCCACCAGAAACCCAUGUAAUGCUGAAAAACAGAAACACACAAAUUAUUUCCAAAAUGACAGCACAAAGGUCCUGCAUCAGAGUUCAGCACAAUGCUGAUAUUUAAGGAAUUGUGUGAUUAUUGGCUAGCUGCGCAUGCGUCACGGACGCACUGCAAACGAGCCAAGGUACCUUAUUGAUGUCACUCACAGUGAAGAUUUAUUUGCAGUCAUGGAUCGCUAUGGGGAGGUAACGGGGAGUGCUGGCAAAAACCCAGCUCAACACAACCGUUUACGGCUCAUACAGUAUCUUAGCCUACAACUGCAAUCCUGUAUGCAGGAAACAUGGUGCCACCAUCUCAGUUCCCACAGCCAUUCUGUGUGAACACAGGAUUACUCAAGCAGUCGGUUAUGGAAGGAUCUGGGCUCACCGUUGCGUUUAUGCAGGUGUUUGGAUCUCACUGCAUUUCUAGGCAGCUGCAGCAUUAGCACAUAACCCUGUGUACAGGACGGCAGCUGCGAAUGCAUUAGUGUACAUCUCGGAAUCAGGCCAUGAGAUAAAAUUAAGGUUGUGCUCAACAAUUAUUUACAAAUCUUUCCUUUACCUAAGCUAGUUUUUAGAGAUGGCUUGUAAAAUAUGCCCGUAUCAGGUAGAUGUAAUCAGUAAGUCUAAAACAAAUAUAUCAAUUUAAAUUCAUAUCUUUUUAAUAUACUUAAUAUAAAAAAAUAGUUUGGGCAGUCAGAAGUCAUCAGUAUAUUCUCUGCAAUCACCGGGAAGUGCCUUUUGGUAUGGUUGGGUAAUGGCACUUUGCGCUCUGAAUAAUGAAUGUUACUUUGUGAUGUCUGGACACCGUAAUAUUCAGUAUAGUGUUGUGACAAUAAUAAUACAUACAAUAUUACUAUUAUUUACAAUUUUCAUGCACUCACCUUGUUCCCGUGAUAGAUAAAUGGACUAUCUCCAACUCCAAUGCAGGUACAGGGUAGAUUGAACAACCAUAACAAUGGCUCACUUUUACCAUGAUAACUUUCAUUAUAGGAAUAAACAGUAGGAACAUGGGCCCUCAUUCCGAGUUGUUCGCUCGUUCUUUU